AAUCCCAAAUCUCCGCCCACCCCCGCUUCUAUCUCUUCAUUGCCUUCGUCUUCCUCCAGAUCGGCAUCAUUUUCCUCGCCCGGAACCCCCCGCCCCGCCAAAACGUCCACCAUCUUCCGAAUGGGACGCUCUCGAAUCCGGCCGCUUCCUGCGGCGGGCUCGGCCCCGCCGACGGAAGGCGGAGGAUGCGAGUACGGCAGGGUUUACGUGUACGACAUGCCGCCGGUGUUCAACCGCGACUUGAUCCCGAGGAACUUGCCGGAUAUGGAUCCUUGGAAUUGGUUCCAAAUCAACGACGGGUUCGGGAAGCGGACCGGCGAGUUCGCCGGGACCUUGCCGGUGAAUGCCGCCAAGGCGUGGUACCUGACGAACCAGUUCUCGCUGGAGGUGAUCUUCCACCGCCGGGUCCUGAACUACCGGUGCCGAACGACGGAGCCGGAGUCGGCUAUGGCAUUCUACAUCCCGUUCUACGCCGGGCUCGCGGUGGCGAAGCAUUUGUGGGUGGACGACUUCGAGAAGCGGGACCGGCUCGGCACGAUGAUGCUCGGGUGGCUCCAGAACCAGACCCAUUGGAGGAAAUCCAACGGCUCGGAUCACUUCCUCACCCUAGGGCGAAUCACGUGGGAUUUCCGCCGUUUAGGGGACCCGGAGGGGAAAUGGGGAUCGGCACUCCUCAACCAGCCGGAGAUGGAGAAGGUCACGCGCUUCACCAUCGAGAGGGCCGCGUGGGACGACUACGACGUCGGCGUCCCGUACCCCACCGCAUUCCACCCCAACACCGAGCAGCAGCUCCGGCAAUGGCAGCGCCACGUCCUCUCCAGGGACCGCCCCCGCCUCUUCUCCUUCGUGGGCGCCUCCCGCCCCAACGUCGACGGAGACUUCCGGACCCACCUGAUCCGCUACUGCCAGAACCACUCCGAUUUGAGCGUGGUGGUCGACUGCUCCAUGGCGGAGUGCGCCACCCGCCCCUCCGUCGUCGAGGGCGCCUUCCUCAGCUCAGACUUCUGCCUGCAGCCGAGAGGCGACAGCAGUUCGAGGCGAUCGGUGUUCGACUGCAUGAUUGCCGGAUCGGUGCGGGUGUUUUUCUGGGAAAGCACGGCCUACGGGCAGUACCGGCUGUUCCUGCCGGAAGAUCCGGAGAGCUACUCGGUUUUCAUAGAUUACGAGAAAGUGAGGAGCGGGUCGGCGUCCAUUAGAGGGAUCUUGGAGAAAUACAGCAAGGAGAAGAUCCGGAAAAUGCGGGAGAAACUGGUGGAGACCAUCCCGAGAUUGAUCUAUGCCAGGAAGGGUUUGGGUAGUAAUGUUAAGGACGCGUUUGAUGUCGCAGUUGAAGCAGCUAUGGAAAGAAUUAAACUAGACAAAGAAAUUAAUGAGUUAGUAGAUGAGAUUUUAUCGACACGAUGAAGAAGAAGACGAAGAAGAUGAUGAUGAUGAUGAAUUUUCUUGAUUGAGGCUUCCUUUGGUUUGUUACCCCUCAUUCAUUCACCUACAAACGAUUCGAUUCCUCUCUUUCAAUUUCGUUUGCUUACUUUUACCAUGUAUUUCAUAAAAAUAUACUCCCUCCCUCCGUCUAAAAAAGAUUUACACCUUUC